GAUCGCUGUAUAUGCUCCGUACGUGUUUUGGCGCGCAGUGUGCUUUUUGGAACUGGCGCGCGCGAGAAAAGCUCCGCUGCUGCCGAUGCUCCGCGAUACACAGUCGCAGUAGUUGGGCACGUGUUUGAUUGUUUUGAGAAACUAAAGGUUUUUUGGCCAAUCCGAGGAUUAUUGAAGUCGUGCGAGGACUUCGUUACACGCAAGGGGGCGUGAGUAGAAAAUUUGCUGCUGCGUGAUCGUGAUCGUGUCGUUGAUUUGUCCACUAAAACUGUGAACGAGCAUUUCGCAAGGAACAAGUGUGACGUUAUUUAUCCUUUAUUUUUUUUUUUAAUCGAUAUAAUACUCUUUGCGGUUUGGAUGAUAUUUGAGGAGCGGGGAGGUAUCGUGGCGUGCGAGUGACACAGGGGGUGGUACACAGCAACAUCGACUACCGGCCAGUUCUAAGCGUGCCGCAGUAAGCUGUUAUCCUCGUGGCUUCGCGCUGGCGUCCCUGUUGCGACGAUGAUUUUCAAGUUCUUUCUUCUGCUAUGCACUGCAGCGACUCUGGUACCAGGCCACUACUGUAUUGAAAUCAAGUCGUCCAACGAUGAGGAAAGAUCGAGGCUUCCGGAGCUCCUCACCGAGCUUGACGUGGCUAGCGAAGAAGCAUCGGUGGAAGAUGUCAAAGCUCUGAGCAAACUGGUCAAGCGGCUAGCGUCGGACAAAAAUGGCGAGUACUUGAAGAUACAAGUCAUUUUUGGUGAUGAGGAAUUGUUUAACAAAUCAUCCGAGGAAAUCACUGGCCAACCCGGAGUGGAUUAUCCAGCGUUGACAACUAUUCCCGCAACAACGUUCAGCUGUCGUGGACAAAGAGGCGGAUACUACGCUGAUUUAGAAACCAAUUGUCAAGUUUUUCACAUAUGCGACAACGGCCGAAAAAUAUCCUUCCUAUGUCCAAACGGCACCAUCUUUCAACAGUCGCAAUUGAUUUGCGACUGGUGGUUCAAGGUGGAUUGCGCAAGAUCAGCUGAACUCUACGAGCAGAGUUCCGAGUAUCUCGCCGAGGAAGAAAGAAAACGCGUCGAGAAGAAGAAGAUGACAUCGGAAUUCCACAGGACAAACAACGACGACAAUUACCAUCAGAACGUGGAUUACGACGAUCGUCAAAAUGGCAGAUCGAACCCGUUCGGCCAAUCUGCGUCUCAGAAUCAACUGUCCAACGAUAAGAAUGCCAAGUCAAAUCAGAACCAUAACGACGUUUACGAAAAGCAAGCCUCGAAAUCAGGAAGUCAAGUACAGUACCCGAAUCAUCGCUACGACGAAAGUACGAUCCCCCGACCCAAGGAGGAUUACAGAAAAGCUCAGAGUAAUCGGCAAUUGAAUCAGCUGUACUCAAACGACGGCAAAAAUGUCCAAUCAGUCAAGUUUUACAAUCAUCAAGGUAAAUCCAAUCAAGAGGACGUUUACUACGGCUCAGCGGCGAAUGUGAAUGCCCAACGCGAAGACAAGCAAGCCGUCAAGCCCAACAAACCUCGAACUUUUACUCGGCAAAAUUUCAACGCCGGAGUGCAGAAAGUCACGCCAGUCUACACGGAAGCCACAACGUUCCGUACGUCAACCGCUAGUCCUAUUAGAGAAUUUCAACACUUGGCCGAGAGCGCCGCUUUCGUAUCCAGCCGCAACAAUGGCAAAUUCAGACCGCCGAAUUCCAAUCAGUACAAUAGCUUCUUCACGAGCAGCAACAAAGCCACAACCUCGACACCGCAGACGAAUAAUCAACAAUCGACGGCCACUACAGCUGGAAACACUUUAACUAGUCCACAAAAUUUGGUUCGUUCCCGUGUGACCAUUCCACCAUUCCCCGGACCCACAUAUGCACCGAUUUAUAAACCAAGAACGACCACUCCAUCGAACGACGAAGCGCAGCAGAGUACCACUCUGAGAUCGUACACCAACACCGAGUACUUCCGACAAAAUAAUCAGGAUCAAGGAACGACUUACAGGAAUUCCGAAAGUUCCACUAACUAUCCCGACGUUGCAACGACAUACUCGCCGUUCAAUUUUGCCAAGAACUUCGGUGAAAAGUACACGAAUCCACCUCCGACCGAUGACAGUGGCGAGAGGUACACGACCUAUGCACCAAUGACUCAGAGACCCGUUUACGUGAGGAAAGAGACUACCAGCAAACCAGAAACCAUAACGACGAAUUACGACAGUGGUGAGUUCACCACUCAAUACACCGAUAAUUAUUCGGGAUCCUUCACCACGGCGAGACCGGUUUAUCGAGAAAACACGGCCUUCGGCGCAGUCAAUGACAUUCAAGCGGACGACACCGCCAGAUACACCCCGUCCAAAUUCGUCAAUAACCCACAGAAUCAAGUGGCCGCCUCGACCGAGAGGUCCAACAACAAUUCCACAGUUCCUCGCCGCACACCUAGUCCUUACGAUACUAGUAUCACUUAUCAGCACGGAAAAGAAUUGUCGACCCUCGGCCCAUACGUACCGUUCACCAAGAGUUACGCCUUCACCACGAGUACGACCCCCAGGCCGAGCUUCCAACAAAACUUCAAUCAGCUGACCAGGAAUUUACCCGUGGGAGCUAAAGCCGAGAAUUAUGUGUCCUCCGAUUACGGCAAGUCAGGAAAUAGAGCUACUUAUCUACCUGAAAGAACUACUUCAUCGCCCUAUGCGAACGAGAAGAGCAACUUCGAUAAUAGACCGGUGCAGGAACGAGAGCACGCGUUGAAUAUGUUGAAGUCGUUGCAAGGGUUGGAGGGUACGGUUCCCAACCUGAAUUUGAACAAUAUCAAUAACACAAGUUAUAACUUCGAACCUAAGGCCUCGGCUGGACCAUCGACUUUGCAUUCGUUGGCUUUGUACUUUGCGAACACCGAUGAGGAUUAUAACACCGAAGGACCCACCGAUUCGGUCAUCAAUUUCCAAUACUUUGAAACAACUCCCAAUCCUAUUGAGAAGAAAAACACUUCUGUUAUUGACCUUCCAACUAGCAUCUUGACGCAACAUACCAUUAGUUCUUACAUCGAAUUGUUCAACUUGAAUAAUGCUCUCGAAAACAAUAUCACCGGUGACACUAGUUACGACAUGAGCGACGACGAGAACUUUGCGGACGAAGAUUCGAGUGACUUGGACAUUCAACAAAGCGAAGGCCCACUGAACGGAGUUAAAAAGUCCAACAACACAAAAUUAAGAGAGUUAGCGCAAGUCUUCACUCAAGCUUUAUCGGCUUACUUGCAAGAUCCCGAUACGUUCAAGCGAGUUCUAACGGAAAUUAGACCCACGGAACCGCAAAAUAUCGAGAAUGAGAUCACUACCGAUAUUCCUACGACCACCGAGGAUUAUCCAUCCGUGACUAAAGAAAAAGACGAGGUUUUGGACUUUUCGGACGAUAUCAAUGGUAUCAGACGGCGAAGACCGAUAACCACUACCACCGUUGUUCCGGAAACUACUAAGAAUGAUUCAAAUGAAACUACUUACCAGCCAUAUUAUACUCCAGAUUAUUUCGCAAGAACUACGCCAUAUCCCGAUGAAUCGUUAAACGAAGCUCAAAGUAGCUACACCCAGCCUAAAUCUGAUAACAGAUUCUCCUACGGAGGUAACGCUGUUUUCGACUCAAAGAAAAUCAAUUACAAAUCCAACGACUACAACAACGGUAAAGAUUAUUCGAAUUAUUUACCCAACGAGCAAAGCAGGUACGGUGGCUUCCAGAAUAAUUCAGCCACAACUUAUUCACCUUACGGCAAAAAUGUCAAGCCGUCUAAUUCCACUCCCAUCAGCGACAACUAUGUGGCAUCUUCGACUCCGGCGACUUACGAAAUUGCGCCUCCACAAAAUUUCGUACCAAGUCAAUCUAGCAUCGAUACCAAUCUCAAACUGUCAGAUGUUCUAACACCGCCUGCUUUCUCGACGAGCUAUUCCGUUUCGAGUACCGCUAAUACGGCUCCUAUCAGCACAACCACGAAAACGAAAUCCGUUAACACAGGAACAUCCGGUAGCAAUGUCACACCGGUGUACAAAAGACCGCAAGAAACAACGACAUCGAGUACCACUACUACUACUACUUCAACAACGACUAAAGAGCCCUUCAGGAUAAGGUACUACGAUCCUACGACGGUCAAACCUAGGAAGGCUGAGUCUCUGGUUACAGCGAGUAGCUCAAAUACCAAUUUCAAAAACAGUUUCAAUAGCGUUGACAGCAACGAACGCAAGAAUGUAAAGUCUGCGUCCAAUCAAAAACAAACGAACAAUGAGAACAACUUCAAUAAAAACAAUCACAACAACCAAAAUAAUCACCUCUGGACGUCCUCUCCGACGGUGACUCAAUUGUGGGAGACUACGGUGUUCAUCGAUCCCGAUCACAUCAAUCGAGGCCUGGACAGCGGCGAGCCAAGAAUAUCUCAGCCGUCGUCCAACAUCGAUUUCAGAAGCACAACGGUGGCUCCGAGGGACGAGCUGUUCGCCAACGACGCGAGCAACUCGGUGACGCCGCAGAACUUCGCCAACGACCAGUCGACGCCGUGGCAGUGGGCGCCCAACAACAACGACUCGCCCACGGCCUUCACUCUGCUGCCGAACAUCAAUUUCGCCGGCAACGACAACACGGCGACUCCGACGCCGACCUAUACUACUAGAUCGAGCAUAACGACGACGAUAACGUCGUCGAUAACAGCGACCAACGCGGUGCCGCCGACCAGUCCCGACGUACCCACUAGAAUUAGCAUUUUUAACAUAACCGAGAACGAGAUUCAGAUGGCGCACAACAUGUUCGGCUCGCUCAACGAGUCUAGCUCCAAUACGCUGAUGAAAGUCAUGAAGCAGGCGGACAACAACGCGACGGUGAGACAGCUGGUACUCUUGUUGAUUAGUCACUGCAACGGGCCGCAAAACAAAACGAUGGAAGAGGAAAAGGAGGAAGUUUUGAACGCGCUGCUGAAAUUGCCCGUGAACGAGUUCACGUCCGAGGAGUCGAGAGAGCUGAUCAAAGGAAUCAGCAAAUUGCACUUGCCUCUCGGCAAAGAUGCCAAAAGUCCCUCGACGAUUGCGGCCACCACUUCGGCGCCGAUCACCAGCACAACGCCCGGUGAGCCUGUAGUCACGACUUAUCGAAGUCGAUCGGGCAGAAAAUUCAAAGCCUCGACCGUCAAGUCAAAUUCGUCCUACGCUAAGGUUGCAUCGAACAAUAAUCCGAGAUCCGAUAGAAAAGCUAAAUCUACCGAGGAGGGAACCAUUUCCGACAGUAGAGCCCUCGACCUGCUCAGGUCGCUCUACACAAUCGCAGCCAAAUGGGGUUGAAAUCGUUCGAGUAAUUGAAUAGCAUUGAUCUUUUGCUAAGAGCCUGUUUAAUUGUAGAGUACGCAUACUCGAAUAGAUCGAUAUACGAAAAAGAAGUACAUCUUAUUAUUUAUUAUCUAUUGACAAAUUAUAAUAUCCACUCCAACUCAGCAAAGAUGCUAUAUCGAAUUGUCAUUUAUUUAAUGUUAAUGAUAAUAAAAUGACAGAAUCACACAGUCCAUAUAAUGCCAUUAAUCUCAAUUACGUCGAAGAAUGUGCUAAUUAUUAUUCUAAUAAACAGCAAUUCACUCCUUAUGUUUUCAUCAAAUAGAUAAAUUUAUUGGCCAGCAGAAACGGAUUAAGUAACUUUUAGCUAUAAUUAUUUGAAAAAAAGCUCGAGGGCUCUGUUAAGAACUGCCGCUGAAAAAAAAGUUUGUAAUAUAUUUAUUAGCUUGAAAUGUUUGCCAGAUGUAUAUGUUAAGGCAUUACAUAUUGAGUAUACCAAUGUGUUUGCAUUUAUAAUCUAUUUUUAUUUCUAUUAAAGAAUUUUAAUUAGUUACCAUGUAUUUAGAGCUAUAAUACGUACUAGAUGAAGCUGCGAGCUAUACGAAAUAGUCCUUCUUCCGUGUUUCCGAGCUUGGACAUUUGAAAAUGAGGAAAAUUGUAUUUUCUCGUUCCUAAAAAUGACUCGUUACGUUCUGUUCUCAAUGUUGAACAGUUAAUUAUGAAAUAUUCCAUGUUAGACUAACUAUCUACGAUAAUAUUUUUCUUUUUAUAUCAUAAAAUAUUAUGCAUAUGUAUAAAUGUAAUAUCGUAUAUGUGUAAUAAACCUAAAUGUAUGCGCCGAUUAACCAUAAUCACGAGAUUAUAUUGAAACAAGUUUUGGACUUCACAAUUUAUCAAAUUAUCGAUUGAAAGAGAAAAUCAUUGACGAGUCAUGUUUGAGCUAUAGAUGUUUUGAAUAUCAUUGUUACAGGCUCGUUUUAUCGCUAAAUUUUUAAUUUUUAAUUGAUGAUUAAUAUAUAUUUUAUUCAUGACUGUUUUAUUUAAAAUGUAAUAUUGAAAUUAAGAAUAGAGAACGUAUAACUCUUUAAUGUUAUAGAAUUUAUACCGUUAAAUAACUCAAUGGCAUCAGGCUGGAUAACUGCCAUAGUUAAGAAAUAUAAUUAUAUAUUUAUAAAA